AUGGCAGAAACUAGGAGUAAAGUUGAUUUGGGUGAUUGUCGCUUUUAUGAAAAAAAAUUUCCUGAAGUUGAUGAUUUGAUUAUGGUUAAAGUUAACAGAAUUGAAGAUAUGGGAGCAUAUGUAUCUAUAUUAGAAUAUAAUGAUAUGGAAGGGAUGAUUUUAAUGUCUGAAUUAUCUAAAAGAAGAUUUAGAAGUGUUAAUAAAUUAAUUCGAGUUGGAAGACAUGAAGUUGUUCUAGUAUUAAGAGUAGAUAGUCAAAAAGGUUACAUUGACUUAUCAAAAAGGAGAGUAUCCCCAAAGGAUAUAAUAAAAUGUGAGGAAAAAUUUUCCAAAUCGAAGAAAGUUCACCAAACAGUUAGACAUGUAGCACAAAAACAUGGAAUAACCGUUGAAGAAUUAAAUAGAAGAGCUAUUUGGCCUUUGUAUAAAAAAUAUGGGCAUGCAUUAGAUGCAUUAAAAGAAGCAACAAUGAAUCCAGAAGCUGUUUUUAAAGGAUUAGAUAUAGAUGAAGAAAUAAAAAAAUCACUUCUUGCUGACAUACAGCUAAGACUUACCCCACAAGCAUUAAAAUUAAGGGGUAGAAUUGAUGUUUGGUGUUUCAGCUAUGAAGGUAUCGAUGCUGUUAAAGAAGCGUUAAAAAAAGGAAAAGAAAUUUCAAAUGAAGAGGUUUCUAUUAAUAUUAAAUUAAUAGCACCUCCACAGUAUGUUAUUGUUACAUCAUGUCAUGAUAAAGAGCUUGGAAUGUCAAAAAUACAAGAAGCUAUGAAAGUCAUCAGUGAUAAAAUUAAGGAAUAUAAAGGUGGUGAUUUUAAACAGCAAGGAGAGAUUUUGGUCAUAGGAGGAGAUGAAGAAAAAAGAUUAGAAGAAUUAUUAGACAAACAUGACGAACUUUCUAGUGAUGAAGACGAUGAUAAUUCAAGUGAUGAAGAUGAAGAAAAUUCAAGUAAUGAAGAAGAUAAUUCAAGUGAUGAAGGAGAAGACGAAGAAGAUUAA